AACAAUGUUAAUUAUAUGUUAAUAUCAUUUUUAAAACUUGACGAUAGGCCGACGUCAUUGUUAAUACCUAAUAUAUGUUGGUCUAGAUAUAAAAUAACAUCAAUGGCAAGAUUAAUGGCAGAGAGUAGCAUCAGCGUCGCUUACUCACUGCAGGCAAAUAGAACAGAGUAUUUUCUGCAGCAUAUCAUCGUGUUAGUUGACUUGGAAUGUCCUAAUUCUGAUGAAUUUUUGUUGAAGGCUAGUGAAGAGAACUACUUGAAAUCACCAUAUAGAUGGUUGUUGCUGGCACCUGACAAUUCUAGUAGAAAAAACGAAGUUUUAGACAAUAUGGAAAUACUGGUUGAUAGCGAUGUGGUGGUCGCUAGUAAAACAAAUGAAGAAUUCAUAUUUACUGAAGUAUACAAGAUAUCUAAAGAUAGCGAAAUAAUUUAUACGACUCGAGCAAUAUGGCGUUCUAUAAAUUACAAAAAUAACUCUACAUACUUAAAUGAUGUUAAUUUUGCUAUAUCUGAAAGCAGUCGCAAGAAUGUUGGGCAGAAAACAGUAGUAGAUGAUAAAUACGGUGUAAUAGAAGACUAUAGAAGAUCAACAUCACUGUCUAUUAGACGAAAAGAUUUAAAAGGACAUAUCCUUACAGUAUCGAAUGUAGUAAUAGACAAUAAUCAAACCAAAGAACACAUGAAUGAUAGAUUGUUUCUUGAUCAAGAUUUAGUAACGAAAGUAUCGUACGCUAUUGUGAAGAUAUGUUUUCAGUCUCUUAACGCUACAGAAAAACUAUUAUUUACUUCUACUUGGGGAUACAAAGACAAAAAUGGAAGCUAUAACGGAAUCAUGGAACAUCUUAUAAAGAAAAGGGCUGAUUUAGGCACAAUGGCAUUUUUCAACCAAGAACGGUUAGUUAUAAUCGACUAUAUAGCGAUGGUGGGAUCCACCGGCGUCAGGUUCGUGUUCAGGGAGCCACCACUCGCGUAUAUUUCUAAUAUAUUCACGCUACCCUUCACCAGAGACGUAUGGCUGGCCAUUUUUAUUUGUGUUUUGGGGUGUGCCUUAUUUCUUUAUAUAACAUCCAAAUGGGAAGCCACUAUGACCACGCAUCAAUAUCAACUGGACGGCUCGUGGGCUGACGUCCUCAUACUAAUCAUAGGAGCUGUCUUACAACAAGGAUGCACUCUUGAACCAAGAUAUGCGCCUGGUAGAACUGUGACUCUGCUACUCUUCGUAGCGCUAACAAUCUUGUACGCUGCGUACUCAGCCAACAUUGUAGUACUGCUAAGAGCUCCUAGCUCCUCGGUGAGAAGUUUGUCUGACCUUCUGAAUUCCCCUCUUAAAGUCGGAGCUAGUGAUGUUGUAUACAAUAAACAUUAUAUGAAACAAUUGAAAGACCCAAUAAGAAAAGGUAUAUAUGAUACAAAGUUUGCACCCAAAGGGAAAAACCCGAAUUAUUAUGAUAUGAAGGAUGGAGUAGAGAAAAUUAGACAGGGUCUUUUCGCAUUCCACAUGGAACUAAACCCGGGAUAUCGCCUUAUACAAAAGACAUAUCAGGAGAAUGAGAAGUGUGAUCUGGUGGAGAUAGACUACAUCAAUGAGGUCGACCCCUGGUUGCCGGGCCAGAAGAGAUCUCCUUUUAAGGACUUAUUUAAAAUCAACUUUCUGAAAAUUCGCGAAACGGGAAUCCAAGCGAACAGUCAUCACCGGCUGACUGUCCCACGGCCGCGCUGUUCCGGCUCCGUGGCCACAUUCAGCAGUGUGGGGAUUACGGACAUGUACCCGGCGCUGCUAGCCACACUCUACGGCAUGAUGAUGGCUCCAGCGGUGUUGCUUCUAGAGAUCGCCUACUACAAAUUGAUGAAAAUAAGACAGCGCAGACAGCGUAGACAGCAUAAAUCGAUAAAAUCUAAAAAGAAACAUCCUGACUUUGAAUCGGUCGCCACAUCGGCCGGUAUGUCAGUACAAGAAGACCAACUACUGUGUACUACUAGAUUACGAAGAUAUAAAUAA